CAUCCUAGAAUCAACCGACCAGCUGUGCGAACAGUUAAUCUUGACAUUCGAGGUCAAGAUGUCAAAAGGGGAACUGAGGAACGCAUUUCAAAAACGCGAAUGGCAUCCGGAUGAGAAAUUUGCUGUUUACUUCGAGGACAAGGUGAUGCUGGCCAACGACAUCAACAUCGAUCUAGAGGAGCUCCUGGAAAACAUCAUUGAAGGAAUCCCAGCACCAGCGUUGCGCAACCAGGCGCGCAUACAGUGUUUCUCCGAGCCGAUGCAAAUUCUGCGGGCUUUCUCGGAAGUCCGUCUGCCGAAGCACAAAACAGGGAGCAGUUCAUCAAAGCGCCUUACUGGAGGAGGUGCAGCCAAUAAGGACUUACGUUGUGCCAAUUGCAACUCCAAAAGACACUUCGCCAGGGAGUGUCUCAAGCCAAAGAGGGAGCCCGGAUCCUGCUAUGCCUGUGGGGCAUUUGGACACUUCGUCGGACAAUGCCCGGAGCGCAAGAGCGCCAAUAUCAACAAUUAUAAUGCCUCAUAGACACAGGGAGUCCAAUAUCAUUUUCAAAGUUAAGCAAUGUAUCCAAGGAAAUUAAUUUAGAAUCCGCUUCAGAAACCUAUUUCGGGCUGAAUAAAAGCCAACUGACAAUACAUGGAAAAAUCUUAUGUUACAUUAUAAAAGAAAAA